UCAGGCCACUUAGGGGAGGUGCUUGGCGAGGCUGGGAGCCCGGCUAGAAGCGCCCGGGAGCGAAUUAACUGGAAAUUAGCUAGAGUGGGCGCGGCGCCUUCAUCCCGCCUUCCCCUGCGGUCAAAGUGACCGCAGUGCCCAGGCGAGUCGCCGGCUGGGACAGGUUCGCUGCUGCAGCACGACUACUCGCACUCACACUGCCAUGCGCUGGCUUUUCAGUCCGUCGCCUCUGAAAGGGAGUUGAGUUCCCGCACCCUUGUAGAUUCCAGACCAAAAUUGAAAAAAUGGUUGACCUCACUGAACUAAUGGAAAAUGAAGUAUUCAUGGCCUUUGCUUCCUAUGCAACGAUUAUUCUUUCAAAAAUGAUGCUUAUGAGCACGGCAACCGCAUUCUAUAGAUUGACAAGAAAGGUUUUUGUCAACCCAGAAGACUGUGCCAGCUUUGGCAAGGGAGAAAAUGCCAAGAAGUAUCUUCGGACAGAUGACAGAGUGGAACGUGUACGGAGAGCUCACCUGAAUGACCUUGAAAAUAUUGUGCCAUUUCUUGGUAUUGGCCUUCUGUACUCCUUGAGUGGUCCAGAUCUCUCUACGGCCAUCCUACACUUCAGACUCUUUGUUGGAGCACGGAUUUACCACACGAUCGCAUAUUUGACACCCCUUCCCCAGCCAAAUCGUGCUUUGGCUUUCUUUGUUGGGUAUGGAGUUACUUUUUCCAUGGCUUACAGGUUGCUGAAAAGCAGAUUGUAUUUAUAAGGAGAAUCAUACAACUCAUCCAAUUAUUUUCUAAGAAUUCUGUACUUCCAAUUUAAAAUGAAUGCCUUUUUUAGAUUCUAAGUGGGAGGGGAGCAGAAAAAUUAAGACGGGGCAAACAGUCUGAAUAUGAACGUCACCAAUAUCCUGUAUCCUUGUGUUAUAAUUGUACUCAGAAUUUCACAUAAUGCUGAAGUCUUUUGACUUCUUCUUUAUGUGCCUUGUUGUAAAUUCUGAUUCUAAUUUGUAACAUUCAUUCAACAUUUAGUAUUUGAAAUCUACACAAAGGGUGAGUGUGUAUGUGAUCAACCUAUAUUGCAAUGUUGUUGAAUUGGAAAUAUGAAAUAAAGGAUUUAAAGAAGAG